UGGAUGUUUGAUUGGACAAAACACAGGAAACGUAGUUGGUUAUGGCUCACGAAAAGCACUUGUCGGAUAUGUGAAAAUGCAAGCAAGAACAAUGUCACUGUGCCUAAACAUGAUUGCAGGUAUAACUGGUCUAAGCAGUGCCAAAUCCAUGGAGUCAAGUCUUGGUGUCGAGCUCCUGCAGCAAUCCACAACAGAUGAAUCAAACAUAAAGUAUAUCAUCAUGGAUGAUGAUACAACCACUCUGUCACACAUCCGAAAGAAUUACGAUGCAGAAAUAGUAAAGUGGAGUGACAUUAACCAUUCAAAGAAAAGCCUCAACAACCACUUGUAUAGAUUAGCCAAAACCUACAGGAAACUUACCGGAAAAGUGAUAUCAUAUUUGAAGAAAUGUUACUCUUAUGUUUUGACCCAGAAUAAGGAUGAUGUGGAGGCUGUCAGAAGUGGAUUGAGGUCCAUCAUUACCUCAUGUAUUUAGGGACCACAAAGACUGUGGAUCAUGGUGUGGGUUUCUCACAAAGGAGCAGCAUACAGAUACAGUUCUCUUCCGCGUGGCCAGUGUUUGGAAGGUGAUAAGUUCAAGAGUGAUCUGCAGGCUGUAUUUGAAGUCCAUGCUUUAAAUGCUGAGAGAUUAGCACCUUUAGGGAGUACCAAGGCCAAUGAGUCUUUCAACAACGUCGUGGCAAGCAAGGCUCCGAAAAGUCGUCACUAUUCUAGCUCAGAAAGUUUGGAUUUUAGGAUUGGUGCUGCAGUCUCACAGAAGAAUCUCGGGCCAGGAUAUCUUAUGUCUGCAUAUAAGAAGAAAUGUAUUUCCCCUGGAAAGGCUCUGGCACUGAAGGCAAAGCAGCUCCAAAGAAAAGCUGCUAGGAGAAAGGCUCAGUCUACGACAAAAGCUUUCAAGAGAAGGAGACUGCAUUUGGCGGAGUCAAGAUGCAAGUUCACAGAAGAACAUGAAGUUCGAGGAGGUCAGACAUACGAGACCAACAUAGCAUUAUCUGAUGUACAGGAUGUAACACAGAUACCAGACCCAGAAGUUCUUCCUGUGAGCAAGCGAGUUGAUGUUGACGAUUACCAGUUGAUAAUGUUCGACCUGGAAACCUGUUCUACAGAGUGGGACACUGACAUAUGUCAAAUCAGUGCUGUGGUAGAUGAAGCCCAUGUUUUUAACAAGUACAUUCUUCCACGCAAACCAAUCAGUCAUUUUGCAUCAAAAAGUUACACAUCUCACUGUUCAUGAAAACACUUUAUUGCACAGAGGUAUUCCUGUAGAGACUGUAUCUGCACAUUCAGCUCUAACAGAUUUCAUUACAUGGAUGAGAGCUUUCAAUUCUUUGAUUAUCCUA